UGCAUGCACUGACUUUUUGAGGAGACCUUAAUCGAGUAUUAAUUAUGUCGCUUGGACUGGUGUGAGACCAGGAGACAGAAUUUGGAAAUACCUGAGGAUUCAUCGCCCAUCAACAAUAGCAACCUUCAGGCUACAUCCCCGACUUCUUUCCAUGAUGAAGAAGGCAUCGAAAAACAACAAUAAUAUUGAUACACAAAUACGGGGUGCUAUACACAGCUUCUCACAGACUGAAAUCGAGUCAUUGCGGAGGAAAUUAUUACAGUGGUAUGAUGUAAACAAGAGGGAUCUGCCAUGGAGAAAUAUAAAAGGAGAAGAUACAAAUCAUAAAGCCUACGCUGUCUGGGUUUCAGAGAUUAUGUGUCAACAAACACAGGUUGCCACGGUUAUAGAUUAUUACAACAAAUGGAUGAAAAAAUGGCCAACUCUUGAAUCUCUUUCAAAAGCAUCUCUAGAGGAAGUACGAGAGGUCUGGGCAGGUCUUGGGUAUUACUCUAGAGGACAACGUCUCUUUGAGGGAGCCUGCAAGGUUCAGAAUGAACUAGACGGUCAAAUUCCAGGAACAGCAGAACAACUGCGGAAGGAGCUACCAGGUGUCGGCCGUUACACUGCAGGUGCGAUAGCUUCAAUAUCCUUCAGCGAGGCUACUGGCGUUGUUGAUGGCAACGUGAUCAGAGUUCUCUCUCGUUUGAGGAUGAUUGGGGCUGAUUUCACCACUCAGAAUGUCAUGACAGCAAUAUGGGACCUUGCCAAUGCCAUCGUCGAUCCAGACCGACCCGGAGACUUCAACCAGUCCAUGAUGGAGCUAGGGGCGACAGUCUGCCACCCUAAGAGCCCCCAGUGUCCCUCCUGCCCCGUCCAAUCCCACUGCAGGGCUAUACAGCAGAUGGACCAGCUGACCAGAGACUUGGCCACCAAACUGACCAAGAGCAAUGGUCAGUCCUUACCAGAAGAGAAGGAUAUUGUAGACAUUGAAUGUGCUGCUGAUGGUUGUUCACUUUGCAUGGAUGGACCAGUGGAUGCUAAUUUAGGUGUGAUGAAUUACCCUAGGAAACCAAAGAAAAAGCCGUUGAAACAGCAAGUUAUUGCUGUAUGUAUUGUGGAGAGAGAGACUAACGAUGAAGAGGAAUAUCUCAUAGUACAACGACCAGACACAGGUCUCCUGGCUGGAAUGUGGGAGUUUCCAAGUAUUGAGAUUGCAGAAGAAACCUCUCGGCAGAAGAGCAGAAACAAGAUGGAUUCCUACCUGAAGGACACCUUGAAUAUGACCUUGAAGAAUGUCAAGGACAGGAAGCACAUUAUACAGUUUGUUCACAUGUUCUCCCACAUCCACCAAACCUAUGAGCUAGAGACAAUGAAGGUGGAGGAGGAGGAGGAGGAGGAUGUAUCCGAUAAGUCUCAAGAAUCAGAAGACAUUCCCCAUCAUCAGUGGGUUUCACGAAGUGCUUUCGAGGGUCAGGCAGUGUCUGCUGGUAUGAGGAAAGCUUUUGAUGCAUAUAAUGGCAAGACAAUUAAAAAGAAGUCUGGAAAGAAAUCUAAGAAAUCGGAAAUUGAAGAUGAGAAUGCCCCCAAGCAAAGGAAACUAGACAGUUAUUUUACAAAGAAAGAAGAAAAGACAUCAAGAUGUAAAUAAAGUUAAAGCAAGAAGACACUGGAAGAAGAUAUAAGAGCAUCUGGCACCACCCAGAUGGAUGCUAAAGACCGGAAGACUUGAAGAAGGGCCAAAAACAAAAUGAAAUGUCCAACUCAAAAAAAGUGUGGGAAAAGCAGAUGCUGAACAAUUUAAGAUGAUGGUGGUGGUGAUGAUAAUGAUGAUGAUGAUGAUGAUGAUGAUGAUGAUGAUGGUGAU